AUGGCCAGCUUUUCGCCUACGAGCUAUCCUUAUGCUGGCUCCAACAUUGGUUUCAAUCCACCUUCAAUUGAUAUGGUUCUGGGGGAGGUUAAACGUUUUUCUGUAGAAUUUAGGGAGCCCUUGCCGAAUCGCUCUAUAUUCACGUUUACCUACCGGAACAGUGCGGGCGCCCACUUUAACGCCACUGACAAGCUGCCCAUUAAACCACUGGGUUCCUUCACAGUCGAAAGCGGCUCAAACAAGUCCUAUCAAAUGUCCAUUUUUACCAGCAAGCCGGGUACAGUUGAGCUCGGUCUUGCUUCCACGGACAUCAACAUCACGCAUCUUGAGUAUCUGCAUGCACGCAUAAAUGUUUGUCGUCAGAAGUCGCUGUCAAUACUUCAGCAGAUUGUUGGCUGGGCUUAUUUUCUUGCCUGGACUUUGUCAUUUUACCCCCAAGUUAUUCUAAACUGCCAGCGGAAAAGUGUAACGGGCUUAAGCUUUGAUUUCAUCGUCUUCAAUGUCAUCGGUUUUGCGUGCUACAGUGCCUUCAACAUUGGACUUUAUUUUGUUCCUCGAAUUCAGGCGCAAUACUUUGCACGUCAUCCUCUCAGUGUCAUUCCAGUUGCAAUAAACGAUCUCUUCUUCAGUCUUCAUGGGCUGGCCAUGAUGCUGGUGCUGAUUGUUCAGUGCCUGUUUUUCGAGAGAGGAUCCCAGCGUGUCUCAAAAACCUGUAUCACAAUCUCCUGCCUGAUGCUCCUCUUCGUCCUCACAUCCACCCUCCUGGCAGCUGCCGAUGUCGUCAAUUGGCUCACCGCUCUCUACCUCUACUCCUACGUUAAGCUCUUUGUCACGUUGGUCAAGUACUUUCCGCAGGUAGCUGUUUUGAGGUAUCUCCAACGGGCCCGCUACCACCAUGAUCAUCAUCGUGGUGGUGAUGCUGUCAUUGCAAAACUGAAUGUUCAAAUUGUUCAUCAAUCCAAACGUUUAGAACUGAUUCUCAAUUGCCGUCGUCGAAGCUGUGUCGGGUGGAGCCUAGGCAACUUCAUCCUCGACUUUAUUGGUGGCGUCUUGAGCAUCGUCCAGAUGUUUAUCACUGCCUACAAUUGUGAUAGGGGCACAUCGGGGACUAUUUCGGUCGUGAUGGUUUUGUCACCACCCCACAGCCUAAGCGGUCACCUCUGCGAAGGCUCAGCCAUCACUUGGAACGCCCAAUCCUGA